AUGCUCGCAAGGCUUGCGAAGAAGAGUCGCUACUUCAAGCGCAUGAUUGCAGAGACCGAAGGACAUGAUGGUUCGCUGGGUACCCCUGAGCAGGAGACAUACGAAGACAUUGAUGAGAUAUCGAUGGCCUUGUUCAAGCACUGGCUCGAGCACGAUCACCAGUUGGCUGGUCCUCACGACUUUCAUUCGCUGCAGCACUAUCUCAGCCUGUACGUGCUUGCCAGGAAGUUUGAGAUUGAGCAGUUGGAGAAUCAAGUGAUGGAUUUGACUCGCGCCUACUACCGCGCCGAGAAGAUGACUGCUCCCGCGUUCCGUCUGGAGUACAUCUACGCAUACACCACCCAGGCCAACGCAAUGCGAAGCUUCCUCAUCCAGACAGCCGCAUACCGCGCGAUGUGCGAGCAACAAACCGAGUCCGACUACUUGAUCUCAGACUCGAUCCGCGAAGUGCUCUUGCAGAACAAUGAGAUGGCUGUCGACUUCGCGGAGGCUGUUGUUGGUCUGGCCAAGAACGAUCUCGCCGAUCCUCGCCGUGGCUCGUCCUGUGCAUGGCAUUCCCACGAGCACACGCCUGCCUGCAUUCCUGCUCCAGCUGAAGCGUGGCAGAGCGAUGGUGCUGCCGAUGACGUCUCAGUCGGCGGAGAUGCAGCGACGGAUGCACCCGACGCUCCAGACGCAGUGAAGCCGGCCGACGUGCCUGUUCCGGACGCCCCGAAACCCAUCGAAGCUCCAGUACCAGCUGUCAUCGUGCCUCCGGUCGCGAAGAAGGAUGAGUUUAUCGUGCCAGUCAAGCAGAAAACCAUUCCCGUGGCGGCAGUAGUCAAGCAGACAACCGUUCCUGUGGCAGCAGUAGCCAAGCAAACAACCAUUCCCGUGGCAUCCAAGGCUGCGGAUGCGAAGACCGUGACUUCGGCCACCACGACCAAGACGAAGUGGUUCAAACGUCCUACCUUUGGACUGAAAGGCGAAGCCAUCAUCGCCGCCUUGAAAUUCAAGUUUCACAAGGGUAUCGACAAGGCAAAGGUCGCCAAGGACAAGGUGAAGGGCAAGGUGGCUGGCGCUCCACCUCCGCCAGCAGCGCUGCCACCGAAUUGA